AUUGUGGAAGUCGGUGCCGGUGUAACGUUACACGGUUUUUACAAGGAACAGGUCCAAGAUGCACGUUUACAAACUCCUGGCCCUGUGUUUGGUCGCCUACACGUGCAAUGCAAAAGAAGAGGACGUCCUGGAACUGAGCGAUUCGGAUUUCGAUGCCCGAAUUGCCGAACAUGAAACGGCACUUGUCAUGUUCUACGCACCAUGGUGCGGACAUUGCAAAAGAUUGAAGCCGGAAUACGCCAAGGCGGCCGAGGAUCUUAUCAGAAACGACCCACCGGUCGCUCUGGCCAAAGUGGACUGUACCGAGGCCGGCAAAGAGACUUGUAACAAGAACAGCGUGAGUGGAUACCCCACGUUGAAGAUCUACCGCAACGGCGAGGUCUCCCAGGAGUACCAAGGCCCCCGUGAUGCCCCAGGCAUUGUCAAAUACAUGAGAGCCCAAGUAGGCCCCAGCUCCAAGGAAUUGAAGUCUGUGGAGGAAUUGAACAAGUUCUUGAACGCCGAAAAGGAGUCGGCCGUUGUUGGUUUCUUCGAAAAGGAGUCUGACUUGAAGGCAGUCUUCCUCAAAACCGCAGACAAACUCAGGGAAAAGGUUCGUUUUGCCCAUUCCACGUACAAGGAUGUUUUGGAGAAAGAGGGCGUCAAGGAUGGCAUUGUCUUGUUCCGUCCCAGCCACUUGGAGAGCAAAUUUGAGCCCAGCAAAGUUGUGUACAGUGGCAAAGCUGACACUGACUCCAUCAGGACCUUUAUCAACAGCAAUUUCCAUGGAUUGGUGGGACACCGCAAAUCUGACAACAAAGCUGAAUUCGAGAACCCAUUGGUCGUCGCCUACUACGCCGUAGACUACACCAAGAACCCCAAGGGCACCAACUACUGGCGCAACAGAAUCCUCAAGGUUGCCAAAGAGUUCGCCGGAAAGAUCAACUUCGCCAUCAGCGCCAAGGACGACUUCCAACACGAACUGAACGAAUACGGUUUGGACUACGUGAAAGGCGACAAACCCAUCGUGACUGCCCGCGACGCCAAGAACCAGAAGUUCAUCAUGAAGGACGAGUUCUCCGUCGAAGCUUUGACCGUGUUCGUGACCGACGUUCUGGAGGGCGCCUUGGAACCGUACCUGAAAUCCGAAGCGCUGCCCGAAAGCAACGACGCCCCUGUUAAGGUGGCCGUGGCCAAGAACUUCGACGAGUUGAUCGUGAACAACGGCAAGGACACCCUCAUUGAAUUCUACGCUCCGUGGUGCGGACACUGCAAGAAGUUGGCCCCUGCCUACGACGAACUGGGAGAGAAGCUGAAGAACGAGGAUGUUGUCAUCGCUAAGAUGGACGCCACCGCUAACGAUGUCCCAGCUCCUUACGACGUCAGGGGAUUCCCCACCAUCUACUGGGCGCCGAAGGACUCCAAGGAUGCUCCGGUCAGAUACGAAGGUGGACGUGAGGUCGACGACUUUGUGCAAUACAUCGCCAAACACGCCACCAACGAACUUAAAGGCUUUGACAGGAAGGGCAAUGCAAAAUCAGACAAGACUGAACUAUAAAUUUAGUACUAUUCAAUUUUUAUUUCGUAAACGUUCAAUUUAAAAUAAAUACUACCGUGUAGGUAUUUAUUCAGAGUUUCUGUGAGGUUGUUCCUUUAAUUUUCAACACGUUACAAAGCAUUAUUAGUGUUUGAAAUAUUGUCAUGUCAAAUUCAAGUAUUGUAGAUGUGACCUCGUUCUCUACAUAUUUCCAAAAUAUUUUUUACUAUUUCUAAUUUUAUGUAUAGUUUAAUAAAUAAUUUAUAAAUUUCUUAA